GGAAGAGCAGCAUCCUGGCUGUGUCUGCUCCUCCUCAGCUCUGACCAGCUGGUGCUAAAGCAGGAGUCCCACCACCUGCUGCUCACAAGGAUUGAUCUCCAGAGUGGCUCACAGAAUUCAAGGAAACAUCUGCUUCUGCUUCAUCUGCCUUACUACGAAGGAUACAUUAAAGGAUACAGGCUGUGCAAACGGCCUGGUGGGGCAUGCAUGGGGCGGGUCGUGGGUCCUGGCACAGGUGUGUCCCUGCUAGUGGGCUGAAGAAUGUGCAUCCUGUCACCUUCAGAGCUCCUGGUGCCCUGGGGGUUUGUGGCCUGUACUCAUGGCUGUCUUGUUUCUGUGGAGUGCUUGUGGCAUAGGCCUGUCUGAUUGAUGGGUUACAUUACGCCACGGCCGCUGGUCAUUGGCUGACCUCAGUUCCUCUCCACCCAGCUACCUGUCCUGCGGUUCUCUGGGACUUUGCAAAACUCAGCUUGUCAAUGUGAGUCCAGAGUGACCUAACAUGGCAGACCAGAGGCAGCGCUCACUCUCUACCUCCGGAGAGUCACUCUACCAUGUUCUUGGGCUGGACAAGAAUGCGACCUCAGAUGACAUUAAAAAGUCCUAUCGGAAGCUUGCCCUGAAGUACCACCCUGAUAAGAACCCUGACAACCCGGAGGCCGCAGAUAAGUUCAAGGAGAUCAACAAUGCACAUGCCAUCCUGACGGACGCCACGAAAAGGAACAUCUAUGACAAAUACGGCUCCCUGGGGCUCUACGUGGCGGAGCAGUUCGGGGAGGAGAACGUCAACACCUACUUCGUGCUCUCCAGCUGGUGGGCCAAGGCCCUGUUCGUUUUCUGCGGCCUCCUCACCUGCUGCUACUGCUGCUGCUGUCUGUGCUGCUGCUUCAACUGCUGCUGUGGCAAGUGCAAGCCCAAGGCCCCCGAGGGGGAGGAGACGGCCUUCUACGUGUCCCCAGAGGACCUGGAGGCACAGCUGCAGUCUGAUGAGAGGGAGGCCACAGACACGCCAAUCGUCAUACAGCCCGCGUCCGCCACAGAGACCACCCAGCUCACGGCCGACUCCCACCCUAGCUACCACACUGACGGGUUCAACUAGGUUCAGGAGGAGCUGUGAUUCGAGGAGGGAUCAGCACCCGGCCACCGCAACCUUAGAUCCAUGAACUAGUCACCAGAUGGGGAGGCGCCGCGUCGGGGCCUCCCCUCCUCCACGCCCGCUGCCCGUCGACCCUCGAUACCCGAAGUGCGUAGCAUGCAGUAUUUAAAGCAGUGUAGCUACGGUCUUCUGCUCUCCUUUUCUAGUAGCAUGUAUGGUCGUGUUCAGUGUCUGUGUUGUGGACCUGCUGUGGCUCGGCCGCGCUCACUGGACAGUGGAGCUGCCUUGGGGUGUUUAGCCAGGUCGGUCCAGUGAGGGUGGACUGGGCAGGAAGGGCCUCUGUGCUCCUGUGCUCACGGGGCUGGGGUCAGAUUCUGCCCGGCAAAGCCACAUCUCCACCUUGGCCAUGGGGUCCCAGGGCAGGGCCUGGCUCAUCUGGCCCAUCAGGGACAAGCUGGGCCAGGUCCUCUGGAACCACAGGGCCAUGGUUGUCCCUGGGUGUUACAUUGGCAUGGCGUGCAAGGGCCUCUGCACCCUGUCGUCUUCUCGUGGCAGGUCACUCCAGGUGGUAGGUGUGAUGUGGACAGUGUGUGCACACACGCGUGCACUCUGCACGGUUGUCUGCCCCGGGCCUCUUUGCUUCAGGGUCUGAGGUUCCUGUCCAUCGAGGGGUGCCCCUCCCGGUGCGUGGAAGUCCUCCGUCUUUGUUCCUGAACCUUCCCAGGCUGAGCUGGACUGAUGGGGCCGUAGUCUCUCUCCCCUUCCCUGGGUUGUUCUCCACACUCCUUAAGCCCUCCUGUUUUUUUUUUUUUGUUGUUGUUGUUUUGUUUUGUUUUGCUUUGUUUUUAAGCCCUUUUUGGACUUUUAAGAAUCACAAGUGGUUGCAGUCAGAGGGUGUGAAUCCAAGUGGGUGGAUGAAGGACGCCAGUGAGCCCCCAGCCUCUGGACCCUCCUCCUCGUGCUAGCCAGAGCUCCAUCCACCCACUUGCCUUCACUUGCGCCUGUCGCCUGUGUUCUAGUCGGCACUAGAACAUAGGGUUUCUGGAGCAAGAUGGCUGGAGCCAAGAUGCCCCUGGCCUCAGGAGGGCUGGGUCCCAGCGAGACUGUGAGACACCCUGCUUGCCAGCCAGCCUGGAAGACCAGUGCUGGACGAGACUGUGAACCGCAGAUCUGUGGGUGGCGCCUUGGUGGGUGAGCUGGGGAAAUGUGAGCACCACAUGUCAAGGCUUUGGGGCCACCUGGUGCCCCCUACAAUUUCCUGAACGUGCCGGACCAGAGUCCAGUGGGCCGAGUUCCUGCAGGACUUUCCCGAAGCCUGCUGCCGAGCAUCUUCUGAAUUUCUAGUAGAGAUGAAGAAUGAGAAAACUCCUAUGCUGACCACGUGGCCCUGACAAACCACCUUGAGCUCCUGAAUCCCUUCACCCCCAUCCCCACUCCCUCCCACCAUGGGCUCCUAUUUGCCAGGGACUGCCAAGGGCAGGUCUUUGGGAUUUUGGUGUUGGUUGAGGGUACCCAGCAAGGUCCAGUGAGGCUGCUGUGAUGCCAGGGCCCCCGGCUGAUCCUAUUGCAGGUGGACGUGGGCAAGGAACUGCCCAGGAAGCAGUCCCUGGGGCGUGUUUGUCCGUGUUGUCAUUGAACGAUCAUGAAGGUACUGAGCAAGAGGGCCCCACACUAGGGUGCUGUGUUAGGGCCGUCCCCCUGUGGAGGGUGGGAACCACCAGUGGGCCCACCGACUGCUCAGCAGGCAGCCCAAGGGCUAGUCCCAGCACAGCAGCAAGAGCUCAGCCCCCGAAGCUUUCUUGCGAUAAUUCGAGAGCGAGUUGCUUUCUCAGAACCCAGGGCCAUAGUCUGAUGAAGAAUGAGAAAACUCCUAUGCUGUGGGACAGCCCUCCUGGCAUGCAGCCCUGUGGUUUUUGUCUUGUGUCCCUGUGAGCUGUGGCCACUUCUUAGGAGAAAGGAUCUCCCUGGGUGGCAGCUGGGGUGGGAAUAGCCACUUAGCCCAGUGUCCUGUGGGGGUCUCUGAAACUGAGUGAAUCAUGUAGGAUUUGGAACACCACACACAGGACACAGGCUCUGGAGUGAGGGCCGUGGCUCUGCAGCCAUGGCCAAGCAUAUCCCUCACCUGCUCGAGGCAGACAGUGCCUCAUCGUGCACUGCGAUGGUCUGUGGCUGCCCUGGUUCUGUUUCCUUUUUAAUAAGCACAGCUGGUGAGUCUUGGGGGUCAGCCUGACCCCCAUGUCCCCAGCUCCUGGGCUACACUUCUGGGCUGUGGACAGUGUGUGAUGUAUUGCCUGGGGAGUGCUAUGGUCAGUGUGCUUGGAAACCCAUCCAGAGCAGUGGUGCCCCGCAGGGUCCUGGCCACCUAUGGUAGCUCUGGGGUGUGUAGAUCCCUGUUCCUGCCCAGGGCUGUGGUCUUUCCUUGUCUUCCUUUGGCUUCAUUCUAUUUUAAGCUGCUUUAGAUAUUGUUGCCCCAUGUCAAUGAGCCUUCCUAGUUCUCUGGUGUUCAGUUAAUGCAGCCAGUGUCCAGUGGGAACCUGUCAGGAAGAGAAGCCAGAGUUCCCGCGGUCUCUGUGCUACUUGCUGGACUGGGCUGCAGCUCCAGUCUGGAAAGGUCCUGAAUCAUGAAGCAGUCAAGACUCGUCUCAGCUGUCCUAACCCAGGUUUUAGCAGCACAGGGGAGCUGAUGGCCUUGCAGGCUGUCCCUCAAGGGUCCAGGUGAUGUGGACAGAGGCAAGGUGGGUCCUGCCCAUCCUUGACUUCAGUGCAUCUGUGUGGUGCCUAGCUGGUGAGAAGCAUGGCAGGCGCUGGUGCCACCCCUUUCCCAGUGCUGAGCUGGUGCCCUGUAGCCCAGGACUGGCCUGUUUGUUAUUUGGGUUCUGAAUGCCCUGCUGUGGACAGGUGCAGCUUGUGUUGCCAGGUGCUGUGGUGCAGGCUGUGUGUCUGUGUACAUGUGUGUAUGUAUGGACCACGCAGCAGGCCCCGCGUGCUGCUGUCCAGGGGUGAAGCAACAAGUACAAUAAAGUUGGCUCCAAAGUGGCCUCUGUUUUCUUGGUGAGUUGGGUAGGGACAGGGUCUCGGCACGGUCCUCCUGGCGGAUACACCCAAGGGAACAGCCUGCUAUGUGCAGGAUGCGUGUGCCUGAACACAAGGUCAAGACCCCACCAGCGUCAAGCAUCAGCGGGGUUGGGCACAAGGGUGACUGUCCUAAGCACACGUCAUGUUCACCUGGCCCACAGGUGUGGGAAGUGUGGGAGGUGGCUGGAAACUCCCCUCCCUGGGCGCCUGAGCCAGUCAGUGACAAGGUUGCAUCUAAAGAGCAGCCUGGGCACCUGCCUGCAGGAGGACUGGGCCAAGGGCCCCCCAGGUGGUGCCUGUGGCGGACUGGUUGGCCUGGGAAGCUGGGUGAGGGAGGGGGAAUACACACUGACACGCACACCACAGGUGCUGCUUCUGAGAAUCAGGUGCGAGUGUGGAGAGCAGCAGCCCACAAGCUGGUUCCACCCAGCUGCCAGGAUGGCCUGCUGACCUGGCUCCACGCACGUCUCCAGGGCUGGAGAGCGAGUGGUCUCCUUGGUGAUCUCUGUCUUGUGUGUGUCUGAAUGUUGACCUAAAGUAAAGAUAACUUGUAAAAUAAAUGUUUUCACUGCAGAAA